AUGGACGAGCACCUGAGCCUUCUGCGCUCGCCGGCCGCCCCGUCGUCUUGCAGGCACCCGAGGGGCGGCGGCGGGAGCAGCCGCGUCGUCGUCGGCGUGGUGGCCAGCAGCCACCACAACCUGGGCUACAGCGAGCAGCUCUUCCCCGAGGGCGCGCUGCCUGGUCCCGAGGAAGGGCAAGAGGAGGAGGAGGAGGACGACGACGACGACGGCGGCGACGGGGACCUCGAGGGUGGCAUGACUGUAGUUGGUGGCGAGGAUCCUCUCAUCGACGAGAUCCAGCACCCCCAUGCCCUGCUGGGCGGGGAGCGCUAUGACCACCCUGUUGCCCACACACUGCCACCCCCCAACCACCACCAGGUGGGCAACGGUGGGGACGGGGAGCACGAGUGCUGCGAGCGGGUGGUGAUCAACAUCUCUGGCCUGCGCUUCGAGACCCAGCUCAAGACCCUCGCCCAGUUCCCUGAGACAUUGCUGGGUGACCCCCGCAAGAGGAUGCGCUACUUUGACCCCCUUCGCAAUGAAUACUUCUUUGACCGAAAUCGGCCCAGCUUCGAUGCCAUCCUCUACUACUACCAGUCCGGGGGCCGGAUCCGGCGGCCGGUCAAUGUCCCCAUUGAUAUCUUUUCGGAAGAGAUCCGUUUCUAUCAGUUGGGUGAGGAGGCUAUGGAAAAAUUUCGAGAAGAUGAAGGCUUCAUUCGUGAGGAGCAGAGACCCCUGCCUGAAAAGGAGUUCCAGCGCCAGGUGUGGCUCCUCUUUGAGUACCCAGAGAGUUCUGGACCAGCUCGGGGCAUUGCUAUUGUCUCCGUCUUAGUUAUCCUCAUCUCCAUUGUCAUUUUCUGCCUAGAAACAUUGCCUGAAUUCAGAGAUGACCGUGACUUUGACAGCAAUGCAGGGACAUUUGGGACUGGUGGUGGUCCUUUCAUGGCAGAUAUCUUCACCAAUUCAUCUUCUCCAACAGCCGCCAUGGUCUCAUCUUUCACUGAUCCCUUUUUUGUGGUGGAGACUCUGUGCAUUAUUUGGUUCUCCUUUGAGCUGCUCGUCCGUUUCUUUGCUUGUCCCAGCAAGCCCACCUUCUCUAAGAACAUCAUGAACAUAAUUGACAUUGUAGCCAUCAUACCUUAUUUCAUCACCCUGGGUACUGAGCUGGCUGAGAGGCAGGGGAAUGGGCAACAAGCAAUGUCUCUGGCUAUCCUCAGAGUCAUCCGACUAGUUAGAGUGUUUCGUAUAUUCAAGCUCUCUCGGCACUCCAAAGGAUUGCAGAUCUUGGGACAAACCCUCAAGGCCAGUAUGAGGGAACUGGGCUUGCUCAUUUUCUUCCUCUUCAUUGGAGUUAUCCUUUUUUCAAGUGCUGUCUACUUCGCAGAGGCUGAUGAUCCCAGCUCAAGUUUCAGCAGUAUCCCGGAUGCCUUUUGGUGGGCUGUAGUGACCAUGACUACAGUGGGAUAUGGGGACAUGCACCCAGUCACUAUUGGAGGCAAAAUAGUAGGGUCUCUCUGUGCCAUAGCUGGGGUGCUGACCAUUGCCUUGCCUGUUCCUGUGAUAGUCUCCAACUUCAACUACUUUUAUCACCGAGAAACAGAAGGUGAAGAGCAAGCUCAGUAUAUGCAUGUAGGAAGUUGCCAGCAUCUUUCCUCCACUGAGGAACUGAGAAAGGCUCGUAGCAAUUCCACUCUUAGCAAGUCAGAGUACAUGGUGAUAGAAGAAGGAGGCAUCAGUAAUAGUGCAUUCAAACAGGCUGCCUUUAAAACGGGCAACUGCACAGCCACAAACAAUCCGAACUGUGUGAAUAUUAAAAAGAUCUUUACAGAUGUUUAA